CCUCCAGCUAGGUUCAUUUUUCCACGACAAUGUUGGUCAAGAAGCUGGGAACAAUUUCGCGUUUUCUUGCAGUGGCGCGGGCUUGCGUUUGGUGAGUGGGGCCGUACCUCCGGGGAGGACGAGGGCCGGCACAGAGGAAAAUCCAGCAGCGCAAGAACAGCGGAGGUCGUCUGAUGUGCAGGAGCGCGGCACCAGGAGAACUAGAAGGAGGAGCAACAGCAAGUCGGGGUCUAACGUCUCAAAUUCACCUGGCGCGGAGUCCAGCGAAGAUGUUCGUGCGGCUCCUUUGCGGACUGCGAAACCCGGC